AUGGCAUUCUCUGAAGUAUAUCCAGAAAACAUUAUUAUCGAUAUAACUCUCCAUUCCACAAGUGGAGACGGCUAUGGUGUAUAUACCCUAAACAACACCAUCGAUAAUUCCACACCAUGUUCAGAAACCAGCCUAUAUAUGAUUGUAUGUCUCGACAGUAACGCACUGACUUCGGGUAUUAUCAAGGGAUAUGUCACCGGAAGAAGUUUGAACUUAAUAGACAUUGAAAAUACGAGAUAUAUCGCCAGAAGAGGCUUUAGGCUGUCAAGCCUCGUUGAAGAUACGAGUCAAUUCAAUGACGGAAACUACUUCAAUGAAGAAAGCUUAAACUCGCCAAACUUUGUCGAAAAAUCAAAUUAUAUCAAUGUAAGAUGGCUGGAAUCGUCAAGCUUCGUUGACGACACGGGUUAUUUUGUCGAACAAGGAUUGCAUUCAUUAAAUUUUAUCGACGAAAACGUGGGUCACAUCAUUGGGGAAAGCUUGAGCUCGUUGGAUGUAGCCGAAAACACAGAUGUAAAAGACACGAGUCACAUCAUUGGAGAAAGCUUGAACUCGUUGAGUGUAGAUAAAGACACGGGACACAUUAUUCGAGAAAGCUUGAGCUCGCCGGGCGCAGCAGAAAACACGGAUCACAUCAGUUUAAACUUUUUAAAUCAAUAUUAUAUGGUUUACCGUAUUGAUGAUAGCAACAAACUUACUUCUGUCCGUUUAAUUGACAAAGAAGUCUUAAAUAUACUAAAUAUCCGUAAACUCGUUCAUAAGCGCAUAUGUCUUCAAUACAGAAAAUUAUUCAAUUAUCCGAGUCAGCUAAAAAACCACAUACAAUCUCAUUCCGGUGAAAAACGUGAGUCUAUGAUUUUUUUCCUCGCCGAUUAA